CUUACUAGGUGAGCUGGCAUAUAUCACCGUGUCCAGCCUCUCCACAGAAAGUGGCGUUGACAAAUAUUUGAUCCUGUCAGGCCAUACCAGUGCGCAAAUAUGAUAUCGCCUCUGCGCUCGCGGCUUGGGAAUGCCACCCUGCUCGGCGCACAUCGCCAUAUGCGACUAGUCUCUACAACAUCGCUUCCUCAGCCCGUUUCGCCAUUAUCCUUUGAUCUUCAUGCGCCCGCAAAUCCCAAAACAGACGAGAGAACGGCGCCAAUCCUCUUUCUUCAUGGCCUUUUCGGUUCUAAAAAGAACAACAGAGGAAUUAGCAAAGCUCUAGCCAGAGAUCUGAGGACUCAUGUAUACACAGUGGACCUGAGAAAUCAUGGAGAAUCCCCUCACGACCCCCGCCAUGACUAUACAGCCAUGACGGAAGAUAUACUGGCCUUCAUCGACGACCAUGGUCUGAAGGAGCCCAUCCUGAUAGGCCACUCCAUGGGCGCCAAGACGGCUAUGGCGGUUGCCCUCCGUUCCCCUGAGACGGUAGCAAAAGUCGUUGCAGUUGACAAUGCCCCGACCGACACCACGCUCAGCAGCUCGUUUGCUACCUACGUCCGGGGGAUGAAAAAAAUAGAGGAGGCCAACAUUACCCGCCAGGCUGAGGCGGAUGCCAUCCUCAAAGAUUACGAAGAGUCACUGCCCAUCCGUCAAUUCCUGCUCGGAAACUUGUAUCGUUCACCAGAGGAUGGAAUUCAACGAUUUCGUGUCCCGUUGGACAUAUUGGGUCGAUCGCUAAACCAUCUUGGAGACUUCCCCUAUAAAAGUCCCCAGGAGGCACGGUACACUAAACCAUCACUUUUUGUGCGAGGCACACGCAGCAAAUACGUCCCAGAUGACGUGCUGCCCGCCAUUGGGCAAUUUUUCCCGUGCUUUCGUCUAGCAGACAUUGAUGCUGGGCACUGGCUGAUAUCGGAAGAGCCUGAGGCUUUCAGACAAGCUGUGGUGAACUUUUUGCAGGAUCCAUAGAUCAGCGCAAAAGGCGGAGCCGCGACACACUUUAUAGAAUAUUACGGAGCCAGUAUUACUUUACCGCAAACUAUAUAGAAUUGAAGUGCAUAAUCCGCUGCGAGGUGCGGAGAAUAUUAGUUUAACGUUAAUUUAAUCUAUCGAAGCAAAGGAGAGGAGAAAAAAAAAAAACAUAAUUAAAGUGCAC